AAGAGGAAACAGGUACAAUCCUCGAUUUGCGUGAUGCGUUUUGCGAGUAUAAUCAUAAUUUACUGUUCACUCGUGGCCUGCACUGGAAAGUUUACGAUUUGUUUGUCACUGUGAAGAUAAGAUUUCUUUCAAAAAGAAGCGUUUGUAUACAUUCGACGUCUGUGACAUCCUGAACCUUUUCAAUUUGUGCCGAUUUGUUUUUCAGUCACCUAGCUGCUUCUGAUUUAUGGGACAAGACAAGGUGAAUUAUUGGAUAAGGUUUUGACCAAUCUGGCAGUAAAAUCUUCGGGUAUUACGUGCGAAAAAUAGGAAGCAAGGCACGUAAAAGACAAUCUAAUCAAUUUUACUUUGAUCGCAGUGCGAGUGACUAAAGCCUGUUUCAAGUCCAUGUUCAGCAACAUAAUAUCCCAUAAUAUUAUAUAAGAAGUCUCCUGAUAAUGACUUUAUCUGUAUAACCGAGUGAACCUGUGGGGGCAAAGACCAACCCUAUUUUGAUAUUUCAGGAUCUGACGUUUGAGAAUCAUCUUUCAACGGUCGACAUUCGGAUAUAUUUCCUCUCCUCAUUUUGUAGUUGGUGUUGGGACGCUUUUAGGAUCACAACAAUACUCCUACAUGACUAUGAUCUUCCGAAUCCUGGUGCUAAAGUUGAAAUGAGAUCAGCGGGUAUAGUUAGAAUCAAAAUUCGUUAAUUAAUGCCUUGGAAACAACCUCAUUCUUAUUUCAUAAUAGUUUAAUUGCAUGGAAUAUCUUAGCUAGAGCAAGAUGCAACCGUUUCUUGGUAAAGAUCAUCAGGUCAACGCUCAACACCAUCAAGAAGGACCAAGUCCUACUCCUCAAGGUGAAGACAAUCCUUUGGAACCGAAUUAUUUCAUUUUCUCCAUCACCUUAAUCCUUGUAUUCAUCGUUGUCAUUGGCAACAGCAUCACAAUCCUUGUUUUCAAGAGCACGCCCAAACUGUGUAACCAAACUGGUUUUUGCUUGAUCAACCUGGCCAUAGCAGAUCUUCUGACUGGAGUCAUCUACCUACCCUACAGCCUGCCAUGCGCCCUCAACGGUGAUUGUCUGAUAAGAACGAACCGAUAUCUCUGUCUUGGUGUAGUUACGGUGUCGUAUACGUGCUACAGUGUAUCUGUCUUCACCCUCGUCAUCGUCAUGGUGGAUCGUUAUCUCCAAAUCAGCCGACCAUUUCACUACAACGAGAUCUUUAGCAAACCUAGAACGUUAGCAACUCUAGUUUCUUUGUGGGUCAUGUUGUUUACUUUCACUGCCGGUUUUAUUCUCUCUGAGCCGAACAUCAUCGUUUUCGAUGGGACAAUUUAUCAUUGCACUAUUGCAGCUGCAAGAAGGGUAUCCUGGCCGUAUACAUAUUGCGUGAACAUUUUUUGUUUUAUUUUACCAGUUUUUGUAAUAUGUGGCUGCAGUUUCAAAAUUGCUAUCAUAGCACAUCGAGCUCGUUCACGCAUUGCCAAUCAAGAGGCAGCCGUAGCGUCAUCAGGAAACUCACAAGCACAGAGACUUCGAGCAAUCCGACAUUUUCGCAAAUCAGAGGUACGCAUUGCCAUACGGAUCUUUGUAGUCGUGGCGGCUUUCAUUAUUUGUUGUAUGCCAUUCAAUAUCGAGUUGUUGUACGCUCGUCGCAGCCAGCACAUGUUUCCUGAUAAAGUUGCCGUCACCACAAUUCUGAUGGUCGAAAUCAACAGCGCCUUGAAUCCUAUUAUUUACGUUACGAGCUACUCAAAGUUUCGACGUGUCUUCAAGGCCAAGUACCUAAAGUUCUGCAGAAAUUCGAAUCGAGGAGACUCUGUCAUCUGGACGGUGACGAGUCAGCAUAGAGACCAGUACACACCGUCACGACGUCGAACUAGUCCACUGACGAUGACCAACACGCCUCCUAACAACCGAAUGUUCAUGAUGACAGCAAAAUGUAACAUAGAAGAAAGAAUUGAUGAAUGCGUAGCUGAUCUCGAUCUAUGACAUGAAUAACUGUCCACGAUUGGUGUUUUCAUAAAGCUAUUCUUAAGUUACUAGGGAGUCGGGACCCUUGGAUGCUGAAUCGAAAUUCUCAAUAAUUGUUAUUCAUUCAGUUAAACUUGAUAUCCAAUCUCUGUUGGUGAAAAUUCAUAUUUUCAAGAAUUCAACUGUGUUAGAAUUGGAGAAAAUCUAGAGUACGUCUUCGAAGGGGAACCCUGAUAAAAUAAUAAUUGUAAAAAUAGCAGAAAAAAAUCAUUAACAAAUAUGUUUGAAUGUUGGAGAAAAAUCCAUCAAAGAAUAAAUUAUUAGAAUUCCAAUUAUUUGAAUUGUGACGUCAUAUGCGAGCAGCUUUUCUACAUUUAUACAUGUAUAAUUAUGUCGAAUGGUAAAAAAUCAAUGAAAUUUAAUUUUCUCAGAAAAUUUAAAAUGGGUUUACUGUACAUUCAGUAUAUCAAUAAACAAUUCAUUUCACACCCGUUUCUAAAAAAGAAAACAAAAAUAAGUCAUCACGAAGCAUUAAAAAAAAUUAUGCAUUUUAUAUUACAUGAUAUAUGGGGCAGCUGCUCGUUUAGGACGUCACAAAUCCAAAACUUUAAAUUCUGAUAACUCUCUUAAUCUUUUGUGGAUUUUCCUCAAAGCUUCACCAAUAUUUUUUAUCAUUUUUUAUAUAUUUUUUUGAAAUUUUUACAACAAACUUUCCUUCAGGUGCAGUUGUAAAGCUGUAGCAGCUUAAUAAAUGUCACUCCCAAGAAAAAUGGAGAUGGCUACAGGUUUCUGAGGGCAAAUAUAACAAAUUAGUUCCUUCAUCACUGAGACAGCACACAAUCAUCUGCACUUCAUUCUUUUUUUGUCUCACCUGCAUAGCAGAGUGAGACUAUAGGCGCCGCUUUUCUGACGGUGGCGGCGGCGUCAAAUUGAAAUCUUUACUGAAGGUUAAGUUUUUGAAAUGAGAGCAUAACUUAAUAACUAUAGGGAUCUAGUUCAUGAAACCUGGACAUAAAAUUAAUCAAGUAUUACUGAACAUCCUGUCUGAGUUCAGGUCACAUGACUAAGGUCAAAGGUCAUUUAAGGUCAAUGAACUUUGGCCAUUUUGGGGGAAUAUGUUAAAUUACCAUAAUAACUCUGAAAUUGUAUUGGUCUAGUUCAUAAAAUUUGGACAUAAGAGUAAUUAAGCAUCACUGAAUAUCCUGUGCGAGUUUCAGUUCACAUGAUCAAGGUCAAAGGUAGGUCCAAGAACUUUGGCCAUGUUGGAGGUAAUUAUUAAAUUGCUGUCAUAACUUUCAAAGUUUAUGGAUAUGGUUUAUGAAUUAUGGACAUAGGGGUAAUCAAGUAUCACUGACAAGUCUUAGGUCACAUGAUCAAGGUCAAAUGUCAUUUAGGGUCAAUGAACGUAGUCGUUAAAUGAAUGGUGUUUUUGUUAAUAAUUAUUUUAUAGUAGUUUUCAAAGUCACCACUGCUGCUAUAUUGAAUCGCGUAUUGCAGGUGAGACUGCCAUAUAGGCGCUCCACUUGUUUGUAGAACUAAUUCAUAUUAUAUAAUAGCGCUUUAGGUUAAAAUUAUAUUGUGUUGAUAAUUUCAAAUUAAUAAAUUAUGAAAAAGUCAACAUU